CUCUGAAGAAGACCUUCGGUGCCCUGGCGGAGCGGGCGCGCCCUCCUGGCGGAGCGGACAGGUCCUCCCGUCGGAGAUAUGUGUAACACACCGACUUACUGUGACCUAGGAAAGGCUGCCAAGCAUGUCUUCAACAAAGGAUAUGGAUUUGGCAUGGUCAAAAUAGAUCUGAGAACCAAGUCAUGUAGUGGAGUGGAAUUUUCUACUUCUGGUCAUGCUUACACUGAUACAGGGAAAGCAUCAGGCAACCUAGAGACCAAAUACAAGAUUUGUAACUAUGGACUGACCUUCACCCAAAUGUGGAACACAGACAAUACUCUUGGGACAGAAAUCUCUUUGGAGAAUAAGUUGGUUGAAGGGUUAAAACUGACUCUUGAUACCAUAUUUGUACCGAACACAGGAAAGAAGAGUGGGAAAUUGAAGGCUUCCUAUAAACGGGAUUGUUUCAGUCUUGGCAGUAAUGUUGAUAUAGAUUUUUCUGGACCAACCAUCUAUGGCUGGGCUGUGUUGGCCAUUGAAGGUUGGCUUGCUGGCUAUCAGAUGAGUUUUGACACAGCCAAAUCCAAACUGUCACAGAAUAAUUUCGCCCUGGGUUACAAGGCUGCAGACUUCCAGCUGCACACUCACGUGAACGAUGGCACUGAAUUUGGAGGGUCAAUCUACCAGAAGGUGAACGAGAAGAUUGAAACAUCAAUAAACCUCACGUGGACGGCUGCCAGUAACAACACCCGUUUCGGCAUUGCCGCUAAGUACAAGCUGGAUUGUAGAACUUCUCUAUGUGCUAAAGUGAAUAAUGCCAGCCUGAUUGUACUGGGUUAUACUCAGACCCUUCGACCAGGAGUGAAACUGACCCUGUCAGCUCUAAUCGAUGGAAAGAACUUCAAUGCAGGAGGGCACAAGGUCGGGCUGGGAUUUGAACUAGAAGCUUAAUGUGGUUUUGAAUAAAGCAUCAGCUUUGUCCCUGGAGGUGAAGAGAAAUGAACCUACUAUGUUUUGGCCUUAAAAUGCUUCUGUGAAAUUUCAAAAGUGUGAACUUUUUAUUCUUCCAAAGAAUUGUAAUCCUCCUCACACUGAAGCCUAGAUAUCGAGUCCAGCCUAAGGGAGGUGUGCUUGAAGGCAUGCCCGGAAGUUGUCAUGUUCGUGCCACAUUUCAGUUCAGUUCCGCAGUGUUAUUUUCAAUGUGUUGCUCAGAGACAGUGUAGUGUCAUGUUACAAAGGAGAUGACCCGACCCUCCAGUUGUCCAUCACGUCCUGCAUGUCCCACACCACUUUUUCAUGACCUUGUAAUAUAUUGGUCUCUGUGCGCUAGUGGAAUCUUUCGUUUUGCAUCAGAGUAAAAUAAAAUAAACCCAUCACAUUUGGAACAUUAAAAAAAAAUCUACAAACAAUAAAUGCUGGAGA